GUGCAGGGCUUUUACCACGGGGACCCCACCAGCGCCGCGGUAUCACCACUCGGCUGUGGUCUACGGGAGCAGCAUGUUUGUGUUUGGUGGUUAUACUGGAGACAUUUAUUCCAAUUCCAACCUGAAGAAUAAAAACGAUCUCUUUGAAUAUAAGUUUGCAACGGGACAGUGGACAGAGUGGAAGACUGAAGGAAGGUUGCCAGUUGCGAGGUCAGCUCAUGGCGCGACGGUGUACAGCGACAAGCUGUGGAUCUUUGCAGGAUACGAUGGCAACGCACGGUUAAAUGAUAUGUGGACAAUUGGCCUGCAGGAUAGAGAGCUAACGUGCUGGGAAGAGAUCGAACAAAGCGGUGAAAUUCCUCCCUCGUGCUGUAAUUUUCCCGUCGCUGUUUGCAAAGACAAGAUGUUUGUUUUCUCUGGCCAGAGUGGAGCAAAGAUUACCAAUAAUCUCUUCCAGUUUGAAUUCAAGGAGAAGAUCUGGACACGGAUUCCCACAGAGCACUUACUGCGAGGCUCCCCGCCUCCUCCGCAGCGAAGGUAUGGCCACACCAUGGUUGCCUUCGACCGGCACCUCUACGUGUUCGGCGGCGCCGCGGAUAACACGCUGCCCAAUGAGCUGCACUGCUACGACGUGGACUCUCAGACCUGGGAGGUUAUCCAGCCCAGCCCGGACAGCGAG